AUGCCGGUGGAGUUUGAGAAGGAGAUCAAUGUUCAAACCAGCAACAGGGGAGAUUAUCGAACUUUCAUUGAAAAACUGCGUGUUAAAUUGGGAGAGAGAUUUUCCCACAAUCGUCCUGCACUUGCUAUUCAAGAGAAUCCACCUACUCGAUUCUUCAAUUUGUUAAUACGAACCAACGAUCACUUUGUGAGGUUCAGGUUUCGAAUGGAUAACCUGUACUUGAUUGGCUACCAGAUGGAGAGCGGACAGUGGUUAGAGUUCAAAAACAGAACCUGUGUGCAUCUAAUUCAAGAACAAGGAACCACCUUCCUACGCUUCGGUGGUAACUACAAUAGGUUAGCAAAUGUUGCUGGCCUGAAUAUGGAGCAAAUAACAGUUGGCUUCUACAACCUAGGGUACGGUAUAAAUCAGCUUGCUACAUCGACAGCUAGGGAGAUUAGGGCACGUUAUCUGAUUGUUGUGAUUAUGAUGAUCUGCGAAUCAACCAGACUAAUUCCUAUACUCGACUAUAUGGCUACCAAUUUUGACAACUCGCAUGGCACUGGCUCUUAUGAUUACAAUGCCGAAAAUCGUAACCGAGAAGGCCAAAUCCAACCUUGGAUUACUGUCUUAGUUCGUGCUUGGGACUCUUUCUCAGGAGCUUUGUUGCGUGCUGAUGCUUACCCAAAUGAAUCGUUUCAACUUCGAAAAAAUGUUGUGCAGCUUCCACCAGAUAACAGGGAAAUACAAACUAUUGCCCAAGCUGCAGAAAUACUUGGCAUCUUGUUGGGACAUUGCUUCAGGCCCAGUGGACCAGGAAGGUUCCCACGCAUGACCUCUGAUGAAGGGCAAUGCUUUUUGGGGCUACCACUUGUGGAAGUGUUCUCGGUGCGCAUUGAUAACAUAGAUGGAGAGGAUCCCGGGCAACUCUAUGGCACAAUCACUGUCAACGAUGGAUUAAAUAUAGAGUACAUCUACAAUCGCACAAGCAGCAACCCAGAAUCCAUCAAGCCAGGAGGAGCAGAUCUGUUUUUGGUGGAGGUGUCGUGGUUGCGGUGUGAAGAUUGUAGUGUGGUUGGAUGCGGUGGGGGUGGGGGUGUGUGCUGUGCGUGUGAUGGUGGUGGCGGCAUUACCCUUGUACAUUGGUGUUUGGUGGGUAGAUGA